GGCUACUCAAUAGCAAUACUAUCAUAUAGCCAGCUCUCCCCAAAUAGGCAGUUUUAGCGAGUAGCCUAGGCCUAGUGCAAGCAUUUCCAAAUAAGGUGUGCAAAACGGACCCACACACUUCCUCUGAAGACAAACUGGUUCUCGGUUCCUGUUUUAAAGUGUCUGUUCCCUGUGAACUGUUUUACGAGAAUUAAACUGACAAAGCUAACUGGUUUCCUGUGGCAGCGGCUUUCUUCCUGCUUGUCGGUGUCAACGUGCGGUUAAAUAAUUAAUAUACUGCUAACUGAGCAAACUUUGGAAUGAUCACCUACAUCAUAUUUUGUGAUGUGACAGAGUGAGGAAGUGAUGCUGUCCUAUCUCCACGAAACAAUUUGCCUAUAUCGCUACAAAUUGAUGCGCAUAAUAUACGCACUGGAUUGUUACGUGUGUCAAGCCGGUGCCACUGGAUCAUGCUUUUCGGAAUCUACAGAAACAUGUCAUGCGAGCAAAACCAACUGCGCCAGUAUCACCGAAACACACUACGAAGGAGAUACUCUGACUAGUACAAUGAAAAGGAAGUCAUGUGCAGCACAGGAUGAAUGUGUCACUGGAUCUGUUAACAUUGGAAUCGCAAGGAAAACUGUAAACACCGAAUGCUGUAGUACCGACCUCUGCAACACUGCGCUAGCUCCAGAAUUGCCAAACUCCUCCCCCAAUGGAAAGAAGUGUUUUACCUGUGUGGGUAAUAACUGCACAAGUACUUUGGAGUGCAAGGGAUCUGAAGAUCGCUGCAUUAAUGCCACAGAGUCCACUGGUGGACAGGCAAUGACAACGAAGGGAUGUGCCUCCCAAACUUUCUGUUCAGGAUCCUUGAAUGCUCAAAUAGAAAGCAAUGGUGUGGACCUGAACUGCUGUGAGGGAAACCUGUGCAACAACGCCCUGCGCAUCGGACAGAGUGUCCUCUUCCUCCUCCUGGUGCCCCUGGCCUCUGUCAUCCUUUUCAACUGAGCAGAAUGUUGACCUGUUCCCCUCACCUUACCCAACCUUCCUCCCCAAUUCAACAUCCACCAAUACAACUCUGCUUUCCGACCCCCUUGCCCUCCCCUUUCUGAUUGUCCCCAUCCCACAAGCACCAGCACCACGCUCGUCUCAUAACCCACAAUCCCCUCCCAAAUGCCUCAGUUACCUAGCGGUCAACUGCAGUCUGCUGGUAAUGUGCAAGAUCCUCAGUGUCACUUAUAAUCUGUUGUCUGUUAGCUCUCUAAGGCUAAAGGACCACUGUUCUAUUCAAGUUAAAUUAUUUCUACAGACGUUUAAAAAAAUUGAGUUUGGAUUAAUAAUGUAUCAUUAAGAUAAAAAAUGCAAUUUUUACAUAACAAUGCUGAAUGCUCAAAACAUAUUGUGUAUCGUUUCACAGGCAUAUGAUUGUUUGGUUGUAUUUUAUCCAUCCAGACACAUGAUCAUGCCUUUUAGUGAAUACAUUAUAUCAUUUCUUCUCACCAAGAACUCAGGGUGUUUUUUUUAAAAUAUUAGUCCAAAAUUAUUUUGACUUUUUUUUAAAAUAAAAAUUUAAUGGAAAUCAAA